AUGAGUCUGAAAUUCUUCUUUUUGUUGCUUCUUGCUGCUCUUGGCAGAGGGGAUGAGCAGCUCUUUCAGAAGAAUGAGAACGUUGGUGCUGUUGAGAGACUUUCCGGAAGCUCGAAGAAUUUGAAGAUUUUGAGAAAAUUCGGAUUUAGUUUGGGAGCGCUGGAAUCUUAUAAAAGCUCAGAUCCGCUUCUUUCUACAAUCGUCGGCGAGUACAAAGCGCCGGAUGGGAGUAUUUGCUAUAUUUUUGACGAUGGCGAGGGCGGAUUGAACAUUUUCAUCACCGAUGUUCAAGGAGAGCUGAUUUCGAUUGUUUCUGGAACGACGGUGACUGAGAACGAAGAUGGCUCAGUGGUCGUAGAAGGUGCAGAUUCUUACACCGCAACGGACUUCCUUUUGUGGGUUUCUGCCGACCGGGAAACGCUCACUACCUCGCUUGGUUAUCAGUUCUAUCCAACGACGACUUCAACAACGACGACGACGAUUUCCACGACAACAACGUUUGUUCCUUUCACAACGACAACUACGACCACUAAAAAGACAACAACAACCACCCCAAACUGCUACGACUCCGAUUGCCAAGCUGAAUGCGACGGAAUAUUCGGCCCAGAAGUCCGAAGCUGCUUCUGCAACUACGAAGGAGACUGUAGAUUCUGCGCUUUUGGCGAUUUCUUCAUCAAGGAUCUCGAUUCUUGCUCAAGCACAACGACAACUACAACAACGACGACAACGACAACAACGACGGCGAAGUUCUGCCUGGACAUUCAGUGCCAACAAGAGUGUGACAUGACGUUCGGGGUGAAUAUCGCGAGUUGUUACUGUGACUCAAAAGGGGAUUGUGCUCUUUGUCCCGGAGGGGAGAGCUGGAAUCAUGCUCAGGAUGUUUGCUCUGGCGAAGCAACAACAACAACUACGCCUGUUCCAACAACAACUACAUCCACAACAACGACAACGACAACAACAGGCGAUAUGGGAAGUAAGUAA